CUCUGAGGACCGUUUCAACAAAAUAUUUGAGUCGUAACGUAAGGAAAUUGGUAGAAUCUACACAGUUUUCAACAUGCUAAUUGAUUUUGUUUUUUGUUUGUUUUCAAUUAAGAUAAUACUUAAAGUUUAGUUUUAAGAAAUAAAUUCAAACAAAACAAAUAAAAUAAUUUAACUUUACGACUCUUCAUUGAAACAGGCCUGUACGUGUCUUAUAGUGAAUUAAAUCUUGUUUCAUGUGUUAAGCAUUGCUGUGUUGCGUACAAAGUUUUACAAGCUGGAUUACUUUGUUGCUUGACCCAGUCUUUUACUGGUUUCGGAAAGCUGGAUAAUGGCGAAAGACGGUUACGACUUUCCCGUGUACGGUCUUAACAAUGGGAUGUUUUAUCCUCUACACAUACCUUCGCUCGUGUGCACUGCCAUUAGUUUCGCGUGUGUAAUCAUUACGCUCGUUCUGAUGAUAAAAUCGCGAAAUAUCAAGAGUUUCUUUACGUCUUGGUCAAAAAGUGAACGAUUCAUUCACUACAUGGCGUUGUGCGAUGGAUCAUACAACAUCUUUCAUUUUGCGACUCACGCCCACGUAGCUGUUGUUCAGGGACCUGUAUAUCCCCGCUCAGUCUGUGUAUUGUACGCAUUCGGAAUGAUUGUGUUUGUUACUGCGCAGAGUCUGUUAGCCAACCUCGUCGCCGUCAAUGCAUUUAUGCUCAUGUACCUGGACAAAUACCUUAAUCUUGGUAGGUAUGAUUGGCGGCUUAUCGCUUGGGUCUUUGGAGCACCUAUUAUUGGAUCUACUUUUGCGGCCAUCUUCGAGCAACUGGGGCCUACAGGGGCGGUAUGCGCCUUUGAUGGUGUAAACGGUAGGAUAACCCAGAUUUGUUUCACGACAGGCCCCAUGAUUCUCAUCUUCGUCGCAAACGUUGCUCUCUACACAGCAACCUGGAUCAGGAUUCGCUCUAGAUCUUUAGAAUUACGGCGAUCUCUCGGUGCACACUGCGCUGCUCAAAGCAUACCUAUCAAAGCCGCAAAAGCCAUGUCGUUAUUUGUUGGAGCUUUCUUUAUUCAGUGGAUGGUCGUAAGCGUAUAUGGAACAUGGGCAAUGGUUAAUAAUGGUGUUCCGGACUUUCUGGAACACUUGUACCAUAUCUUGCCGGAUAUUGGAGGGUUGUUGAACCUGAUCGUGUUGUUAAUGAUUAGGCGUGGAAAUCUUCUCUCUAACAAGAAAACGACACCGACAACAACAGAAACAGACGCAAGGUCUUGCACAAAACAUUCGAAAGAUUCAACUGACGGAAUUAUUCCAGUUGGGGACGUUCGGAAAAUACCUUUGCAUGUGAUAGAGAAUGAGAAGGAUGAGAUAACAAGCGAUCUUUGAGAGGGAUGAGAUAACAAGCGAUCUUUAAGAAAGAUGAGAUAACAAGCGAAAGCUUAAGUCAACGCUUGGUCAUAUAAGUGAAUAUCAAGAUCAUGUCGGACGUUUUAUCAUCUUCAGAAUACUUCAUAGAUGUCAACCUUUGACCCUUAAGUCUUGUUUAGUGCCUGUUACGUCUUACCCUUGUGUCUCUAAUCAGAGUCAUUGUUAAAUUUUGGCAAGUAUGCCUGUCAUAUUCCAUUGUAUAAUUGUUAAAUUAGCCAACCGCCUAUUGAUUCAAGUAUAUUGAGUGUUAUAACUUUUUAUUGAUUAUUAUGCAAAUUGUGUGUGUGCUUGUGCUGUUUUUUUUCGUGUUCAUUUUAGUUUUUUUAUGUUUGACAUCUGACGUUUUAUCUGUCUCAUUAAAAUAAUUAUAUAUUGUAACGUGUGGCUAUUUUACCAAGUGGUCAAAGAACUUUUGACUAAUAAAGGGGGCGUGGUAACAAUUGACUGGUGGAUAAUAAAGAUAUAUAUAAUACUUUUCUUUCGUACUACUUUGUCUGUAUGCUGAGUACUUUAGGAUAAAUAACUGCGAAAUGAUUUGACUUUAAAC